UAUUUCCCCUCCAAAAGAGGCCACAAAUUCUGUAUUCCCGUUCUUCAAUUCAAUUCCAAUGGCUUCUCUUGUACUCGGAUCACCACCCAUGGAUGCUAUGUCUAUGGCCUCGCAAUCUAUCACUCUCUCUUUAUCCAAAUCCCAGUCCUUAUUCACUGUUUCAUUCUCAACUUCCCUUUAAGCUUGCAGUAUAUUGUGGCAGAGGGGACAAAAAGACUGCUAGGGGCAAGCGUUUCAAUCACUCCUUUGGCAACGCGAGGCCAAGGAACAAGAAUAAGGGAAGAGGACCACCGAGGGUUCCGGUACCGCCAGCGCUGCCGAGGAAAGAUAGAUAUGAUGAUGGAGAGGUGGUAUAUGAUGAUGGAGAGGUGGUUAAGAUUGAAAUUGAUGGGUCUUUAUUUUCUAAUUGAGCAGAAUUGGGAGAUCAUUUGUAUUUUGCUUUGAUUAUUUGUGAUAAAAACUCCCUGGUUUUGGGUUUAUUGGAAUGGAA